AUGCUCGAUACCCUUCCGGUCAUAGAAAAGGUGGUUGACACAUCGCCUUCAAGCUUCACAAGUAUUUCGACAGACCAUGAACGGUCCCCAUGGCCAACUGAUUUGACCGAAUCAGCCGAAGGAAUUCAGCCCGAGGUGUCCACUACAAGGCCUCAACCUUUGAGUGAGAACGACCUGGCUGUUCGAUUGAAGCAAGCCGCCGAAAGAAGAAUCGAUGACCAAGGUGAUAGAUUCGCUCUCCCGCAAUUUCGCCAAUUGUCUAUGGACUCCGAAUGGGCUCAAGAGCUCGCGAACACAUUAUCAGCUUCGCAACGGCGAUUGACUGAUGCUGAGACGAUGGGAGAUUCUGCUCGUGCUCUUCGGGAUCGGCUUACUCAAAUUUUCGAAUAUCAAGCCAAGAUAAAAGAGUCUAUGCAGGUCGGGGGUUUCACCGAGAAUCUACCUGAAGAGGCUCUGAAUUUGAUUCGCAGCGGGAAGAAUGGGAUUUUGAAAGGUUAUAUCGUCGCGAUCCCCGACGAUUCCAAGACCAAGGGUGGAACGCUCACUCUAUCGGAAAUCCUUGGUGGUAACAACUCUUCGUCGAGACACCCACUCGCGAUCGAGCUGAUGAACUACGCAUCGACUGAUGCUCACAAAGGUCAGAAGACCAGCGUUCGAGAGAUCAUCCUUUCCCUGGCGCAUGAUCAUGAAUUGACUGAUUUCCGAGCAGAAUGUAUCGAUGCGAUCGAUUAUAGCAUUGAUAAAGACAUGGCUUCAGAGCUCCAAAGUCUUGCGGAUGACAUAAAGAGGGCAACAAAACAUCUCGACGAGAGACUGGGGGAAAGCCUCCGAACGGCUAUUAAAGAGAAUCGACCGGAUUCAGUAGCUGAUACCUUGAACUAUGUGUCCAGUAACGUCAGAUCAUUACGACGCGUGGACUGUUCUGCUUUGAAAAGUGUCGGGUAUAAUUUGAUUGAGUUGUCGAAACUUUUUCAAACGCUACAAGACCGAGCCAAGGAUAUGGGUAUCAAGGAGUAG